AUGGCUACAACAAAGAAGAAGAUCGCCGUUAUGACCUCAGGCGGUGAUUCGCCAGGCAUGAACGCCGUUGUCCGGGCCGUCGUACGAAUGGCUAUUCACAUGGAGUGCGACCCCUAUUGCAUCUACGAAGGCUACGAAGGCCUAGUUCAAGGUGGGAAUUUCAUUAGAAAAAUGGAAUGGAAUGAUGUUCGAGGAUAUCUUUCCGAGGGUGGCACACUCAUCGGUACCGCGAGAUGUAUGGCUUUCUACGAGCGUCCCGGACGUUUGACUGCCGCCAAGAAUUUAAUCCUCAAUGGCAUUGAUGCCCUCAUUAUCUGUGGCGGUGAUGGCUCCCUUACCGGUGCUGAUAGAUUCCGAGCCGAAUGGCCUUCUCUACUUGAAGAACUGGUAUCUACAGGCCAGCUACAAGCCAAACAGAUCGAACCCUAUAAACACCUUAACAUCGUAGGGCUCGUGGGUUCAAUUGACAACGACCUUUCCGGAACCGACGCCACCAUUGGCGCCUAUUCCGCUCUAGCCCGUGUAUGCGAAAUGGUAGAUUAUAUCGAAGCCACCGCCUCCUCACACUCUCGCGCUUUCGUAAUAGAGGUGAUGGGGAGACAUUGCGGUUGGUUAGCUCUGAUGGCAGGCGUAGCUACCGGUGCCGACUUCAUCUUUAUCCCAGAGAAACCUAGGGAGGAUAACUGGAAAGAGGAGAUGUGUCAAGUUAUUAGGAAGCACCGAGACUGGGGCAAACGUAAAACCAUUGUCAUUAUCGCAGAAGGUGCCCUCGACAGGCAUGGCACAAAGAUUACGCCUGAGAUGGUGAAAGAUCUCCUUGCCGACAAAUCGGGCCUAGCCCUGGACACUCGCAUCACAACUCUCGGCCAUGUACAAAGAGGAGGAACCGCAGUGGCCUACGACAGGAUGCUCGCCACGCUACAAGGAGUAGAAGCUGUCAAGGCUGUACUUGAGGCUACACCAGAAACCGAGACUUGUGUUAUCGCUAUUACCGAGAACAAGAUCAUUCGGAAACCUCUAAUGGCAGCGGUACAAGAGACGAAAAAGGUAGCGACGGCUAUCGAAGCUCAGGACUUUGACAAGGCAAUGUCACUCCGUGACACUGAAUUCUCCGACCAAUACAAGUCAUAUAUGAUGACUACUACUAUGGGACUUGACCAAGAUAUACACCUGGAGAAUUCCAAGAGGAUGAAAAUCGGUUUUAUCAACGUUGGAGCACCUGCUGGUGGUAUGAACGCUGCUAUCCGUGCAGGUGUAGCUUAUUGCCGAUCUCGCGGGCAUGAGCCUCUCGCAAUUCACAAUGGCUUUGCUGGAUUUGCCCGGCAUCACGGUGACUCGCCAUUAGGCGCUGUCCGGCACUUCGAUUGGCUCGAAGUAGACGGAUGGGCCAGCAAAGGAGGCUCUGAAAUAGGAACGAACCGGGAGCUCCCGGAAGAGUCUGGUAUGGAGCUAAUUGCCAAGUUAAUCGAGAAGUACGAAUUCGAUGCUUUAUUCCUAAUCGGCGGUUUCGAGGCCUUCCAUUCAAUCUCGCAACUUCGAAAAGCCAGAGCCAAGUAUCCUUCGCUCUGCAUUCCCAUGACUCUACUUCCAGCAACCAUUUCAAACAAUGUCCCAGGCACAGAAUAUUCCCUAGGCUCUGAUACUUGUCUAAACGAACUCGUCGCCUACUGUGACAAGAUUAAACAGUCUGCAUCAGCCACCCGAAGGCGAGUGUUUGUUAUUGAAACCCAAGGUGGUCGUUGUGGAUACGUAGCAAUUCUAGGAGGAUUAGGCGUCGGUGCGAGUGCCGUCUACAUUCCAGAAGAAGGGAUCAGUCUAGACAUGCUGAAUGCAGACGUCAAACAUCUAAAGGAGGUUUUCACGAAAGAUAAAGGCCAAUCACGAGCAGGCCGGCUGAUCCUUGUCAACGAGAAGGCAAGCAAAGUUUACUCAGCCAAGCUUAUCGCAGAUAUCAUCCGGGAGGAAGCUCAUGACCGGUUUGAAUCUCGAGAUAGCAUCCCCGGCCACGUUCAGCAGGGUGGUGUCCCCUCAGCCAUGGACAGAUGCCGUGCCGUCAGACUAGCUAUCAAGUGCAUACAGCACCUUGAGGAGUACGGCCCCAAGCCGCAGAAAACCCCGGAAAAGAUAAUUCAGGAUCCUCUAAGCGCAUCCGUCAUUGGUAUCAAAGGCGCACACGUGACCUUCUCGCCCAUGGAGCAGAUAGAAGAUAAUGAGACGGACUGGAAGAACCGACGUCCGACGGCAGCCCACUGGUUGGACAACAAGGAAGUUGUCGACAUUCUCGGCGGGCGUCCUCCAUACCCAUUGCCCGAGAAGAGCCUGGUCGGAUUGAUAGCCAAAGAUGCGAAGCGCGGACUUAUUGAAUAG